AUGGGAGGUGUAUUAAAUGUUCCCUCUCUAUCACCAACCUAUUUUCUCAGAGAUCGAAGGCCAAGUAAUGGUGCCGCAGUGAUCGCGUCGGUCUUUGAACAUCCGAUCACUGGUCUCAUUCCGAUCUGUCACAUUCUCACUGAGGAUAUAAGAGGUGUCUUCCGAGGGGCUCGGCUAUUAACAAAGGCAUAUCUUGUGGAAUCAACCAAGGGAGACAUGUUGCAUGUUCGAAGAAUUUUGAAACCAAAAGAAGGUCGCGAUGGAGAUUUGUUGACUGAUAGCUUCAAGGACGGAUCCAUUGUGCAGCAGGUUGAGGUAGAAAGCAUUGGAGAUGAGGCUUUGUUUGUUGGCGACAAUCAUUCAGUGUCUGUCUUGGCUUCAAACUUUCCUGGGUGUCAGCCGAAUUCUGUAUACUACACAAAGGAUUUGCUAAAACGUCAGCAUCCUGAUGGCAGACCAUUUGAUAUGGCUGUCUACAAUUCAGGGAAUGAAACCAUCACACGGUUUUACUCUCCGAAUUGUUGGCACAAAGGCAUGCCACUUGCUGCUUGGAUUUUUCCACAGUUUAAUGGACUCUGCUGGGUAUAA